AUGUCUGCCCCGAACGAAUCCAUCAGCGCGAGCCCCGCGGAAAAGGGCGCCAAACUCAACCACAAACACUCUGACGUAGAGAAAGCCGCCCACGACUCCGGCCAUGAGACUGGCACCGACUUCGAUAUCAAACCCGCCGCCAGCGAAGAAGUCGGCGGCGUCUUCGGCGGCGAGGGAGGCAAGAACUUCCGAGUCAUGGGCCGCAAGAGCACCCUCUUCGCCUUGCUCACCAACCAGUUCGGUAUCGCCGCCCUCGGUCUGCCCUCCGCCUACCGCGAUAUUGGAAUUGUCCCAGGAAUCAUUGUGACCUGGGGAACGGCAUUGCUGGCUUGGUACACGGGAUACGAAUUUUGGCGAUUCUACUGCCGUCACCCUCACUGUGUAACCGUCAUCGACAUGGCCAGGACCGCUGGCGGCCGGUUUUGGGAGGUCAUUGUGGGCAUCGCCUUUGUGAUCCAGCUGAACAUGUGCUGUGCUUCGGCUUCAGUCACUCUUUCCAUCGGUUUCAACUCGAUCGGUGAUCAUUCCAUGUGCACAGUGGGUUUCAUCGGUAUCGCCUGUCUUAUCUCCUACCUCCUCUGCAUCCCGCGAACCAUGAAGUUUGUGGCGCAGAGCGGCUUGCCCUGCAUGAUCAGCAUCGUUGCAGCUGUUCUUAUCACCAUGAUCAGCAUUGGCGUCUCAAAGCCGAAUUUGGCAGAGGACGGCUGGAAGCCCGAUCUCAAGGUCGCGAACAACCCAGGUUUCAAGACAAUCUUCAACGCGGUCCUCAAAAUCGUCUGGGCCUUCGCGGGACACCACGCCUACGUUUCGUACAUGGCCGAGAUGCGAGACCCCGUCAAGGAUUUCCCCUGGGCUCUCAGCUGGCUUGGUAUCAUCGGUGCUAGCUUCUACACGUUCCUCGCUGUUGGAAUCUACUGCCUUUCGGGAGAGUACACGACCUCUCCCGCCCUCGGUGCAGCACCUAGAAUCGCGGCCAAGGCAGCUUACGGAAUCGUCAUCCCGGCUAUUGUAACUGCUGCCCUCGCCAACGGCCACAUCGGUAUCAAGUACGUCUUUGUCGUUGUGAUGCGCAAGAUGAAUGCCCUCAACGAGAUCACGGCCAACACCCCCAAGUCCUGGGGCGCCUGGGUCACCAUCGCCACCGUCUUUUGGGUCGUUGCUUUUAUCAUCUCCAACGCAAUCCCAAUUUUCGACUCUCUGGUCUCCAUUCAGUCGGCUACCACCUACGCCUGGUUCUCGUUUGGAAUUGCCGGUGUUCUUUGGCUCAGCUGGAACAAGGGCAACUACUUCAAAAGCCCCAAGCAGAUUGCCUUGUUCUGCUUGAAUGUUUCUAUCGUCGGUUGGGCGUUUUUCCUCAACGGUUGUGGUCUUUGGUCUUCUAUUACUCAGAUGCUGGACAUCUUUGCUAGUGACAAGGGGGUCAACGGCAGUUUCAGCUGCGGUGACAACUCGGCGCUGUAA